AUGCGCUUUCCCAGUUUUCGUUCUUCUUCUCCGCGCUCACACCCGCGCACGUUCUCCCACAUCAACACAGCGACCUCGAGUCCUCCAGUUCUGUACUGCGCCACAUGCCAUGAGACCCUGACCAGCAGCUGCCUGAUCAGUGGAACUCACCGGGAGCACCGACUGCAGGAGCUUCACCAGGCUGUAGAUCAUCGCAUGGUGAAAAUAAAAAAGAUUUCUGAAGAGCUGAAAUCAGACAUGAGAAAGUUACAGGACUUCCAUCCAAGGAUUGAAAAUGCAGAGAGCAAACUCGAGGCUCUCUGUGAUAACACCCAGAAGCUUCUGGAGCAGCAGUACGAAUCUUUACUGGAUCUGAUUCAUCAGAACCAGAAGCAGGCGUUCCUCUUACUCAACUCUCAGAGAGAAACCAUGAGACAGAAACUCCAGCAGCUCUACGAGGACUCGCAAAACUACCAGCAACAAUCCACCAACCUGCUGAGGAGCAUCGAGGAGCUCAGCAACAACCAGACAGAGGACACGGCCAGCCUGCUGGGUGAGAUCAGUGCCCUGGAGACCAGGCUGGAUACCAUGCUGGAGUUUUACUCGAGUGUGGAUGAGAAGCUGAAGCUCGAUACCACUCGACUUAAAGCUCUGGAGAUCUCUGUCCUGAAAGUUGUGGAGAAGAACAAAGAUCUCCUGCCACGUCCCUGGGAGUUUUUGGAGCAGAUCACGCUGGAUCACAAUAAGAAACAAGGAAAAGCUCAGAUUUCAGAGGAUGGUACAGAGAUGUGGCAGAGUGCCCGCUAUGGACCUCCGUAUGGUGCCAACAGCACAGCAUGGAGCAGCGUUCUGGCAUCACAGAGCUUUAAUAAAGGCUUGCACUACUGGGAGGUGUCAGUAGGGGACAGUAAGAACUGGCUGGUGGGGGUUGUAGAUCACAAUCUAAAAGGUUCAGUGGGGUCCCUCGAGUCUCUGGGUCGUAAUAAGAGCUCGUGGGUCCUGGAGUGUGAAGAUGAUGAAAUCUCGGCUGUUCAUAACGACAGUUUCAGCGAAGUGAAGGACAACGAUGUCCACACGCUCGGGGUGUUUGUGGACUGCGAUAAAAAACGAGUAAAAUUCUACAAUGUCAGCACCGGCUUAAUCAUGCACUCCUUCAACGCCCAAUUCAAACACUCCGUCUGGCCCGUCUUCAGCAUCCGCUCCCAAGACGGUACCACGGCUCGCCUCAAAAUCUGCAACCUGGUUACCGGUGACACCGGUCCAGACGACGCUGACGCCGUGUCCAUUACCUCGCAAGAUUCUCACACCUCGAAUUAAAUUACAGCCCACACAUGAUAGACACUGUUUAUCUGAGUUAUUUAGAAAGUGAAUUAAUUCUACUUAAUUUUAUUAAAAGCUGCAUUGCAACACAGUUGAGGAUUUGGAGGGUUAGGGUUUUAAGUUUUAAGUAUUUUAAUCUGUGCAAUAUAAAAUAAAGAUGAAGUGUAGU